UAAAUAUCUCCUCCUGGUCAGCCUCCACUUGUGGAGGGAUUUGCGAAUCGGGAUAACACUCGGCGUCGUUCAAACCGCCGAUUGCCGAGCUGUAACAUCAAGAUACAAUGAUUUCGGUGGACAUGACAUACCGACUGGACUGAUUAAAAGGCCAGCUUUGGGUUCUAAGGAAUUAUAAUGCGCCAUUGCAUUGAAAUAGCCGCCACUUGCUGUUGAUUCAAUCAGCAACAUCUAUCUCUCAUGCGAUCCAAAGCGGUCGCAACGCUUUCAAACACGCUACCCAGGUUCGGGAGGCAAUUCUCGACGUCCAGACAUGUGAGCGCCGAGUUUACGCAUGUCGUGAUUGGCGCAGGAGUGGUUGGCCUCGCUAUAGCUCGGCAGCUGGCUGGUAGAGAAGGCGCUUCCACUCUUCUACUCGAAAGACAUAGCGCGGUGGGCACGGAGACAAGCAGUCGGAAUUCAGAGGUCAUUCACGCCGGUCUCUACUAUGGCACGGAUACCCUGAAGACAACGCUUUGCAUUAAAGGCAAAGAGCUCCUCUACUCCCUGUGCAAAAGACACAACAUUCCCCACCGCCGCACCGGGAAAUGGAUCCUCGCCCAGGACGACCAGCAAUGGGCUGAAUGCCUCAAACUGCAUUCCCACGCACAGCACAUAGGCGUACCUACGCGCUUCGUUGGCCGUGAGGAAGCGAGAAGGAGAGAACCCGAUGUGCGAGCACGCGCAGGAAUAGUGGAAUCCCCAACGACUGGCAUAGUGGAUAGCCAUGCCCUGAUGACAUUUUUACACGGUGAUUUUGAGGACCGGGGCGGUGACUGCGUGCUCCAGACUACAGUUCGGAAUAUCCAGCCGCUAGAUGGAGGGGAAAGUGGUUAUAGGAUAUAUACGACGUCUGCAGAUGGCGAACAAGAAGGCUCAAUCACGACAGAAACAGUGAUCAACUGUGCAGGGCUUGAGGCAUGCAGGAUAAAUAAUAUGAUACUCCCGAAGGAAAGGCACCGAAAGGCUUAUUUCGCCAAAGGAACUUACUUCUCCUACUCGGCAUCCACGCCUAGACCAGACAUUCUCUUAUACCCGGCACCGAAACCUGGACUUGGGGGGUUGGGAACACAUUUAACACUGGACAUGGCCGGGCGUGUACGAUUCGGGCCUGAUGUGGAAUGGGUGAAUGAUCAAAAUGACCUCAAACCCAGUCCGGCACGACUACGAGAUGCUAUUCCGGAAAUCCAGGAGUUUUUGCUCGGUAUCAAAGUUGAGGAUAUAGGUGUGGAUUAUUGUGGGAUUCGACCCAAACUAUCCAAUCUGGCCUCGGUGUCCAAGGGAAAGGGAUUCCAGGAUUUCAUAAUUCAAGAGGAAGAAGGCUUUCCCGGGUUUAUCAACCUGCUUGGGAUCGAGAGCCCCGGGUUGACAAGUAGUUUGGCGAUUGGGGAGAUGGUUGAUGGCCUUUUGUAUAAAUGAGGUCUAAAAUCUCUCUUUGUCUAGCUGGGUCUUUCUUUCUGUCUAUGCUGAGAUAUACUACUUAGUGUAAUAAAUCAGGGCAAAUCUUUCGCGCAAACGUCCAGUGCCCUGGAUUCUACAUACAGCGCAGUAGCGAUAGGUUUAACAAUCAGAGGGUGUGAACGAAGGACACUAGCCUUCCAGUCUCCCCGGUAAAAUCUGUGC